AUGGCCCUGUGGAUGCGCCUUCUGCCCCUGCUGGCCCUGCUGGUCCUCUGGGAGCCCAACCCUGCCCAGGCUUUUGUCAACCAGCACCUUUGUGGUUCCCACCUUGUGGAGGCGCUCUACCUGGUAUGCGGGGAGCGUGGCUUCUUCUACACACCCAAGUCACGACGUGGAGUAGAGGACCCACAAGAGGCACAACUGGGGCUGGGUGGGGGCCCCGGAGCAGGCGACCUCCAGACCUUGGCACUAGAGGUCGCCCAGCAGAAGCGCGGCAUUGUGGAUCAGUGCUGCACCAGCAUCUGCUCGCUCUACCAGCUGGAGAACUACUGCAACUAG